AUGUUGGGCGAUUCAAUUAUUCUAAAUUGUCAAGCCGAUGGCACACCAACACCAGAAAUCUUGUGGUACAAAGAUGCUAAUCCAGUUGAUCCCUCGCCUACUGUCGGCAUCUUUAAUGAUGGCACCGAGUUACGGAUCUCCACCAUACGACACGAGGACAUCGGAGAGUACACUUGCAUUGCACGCAAUGGUGAGGGACAAGUCUCCCAUACGGCCCGUGUUAUAAUAGCGGGCGGCGCUGUAAUCAUGGUGCCGCCCACUAAUCAAACCAAACUCGAGGGCGAAAAGGUGAUAUUCUCGUGCGAAGCGAAAGCAAUGCCCGGUAAUGUCACCGUUAGAUGGUUUCGCGAGGGCUCUCCCGUACGGGAGGUGGCCUCACUGGAGACGCGCGUCACAAUACGCAAAGACGGUUCGCUAAUUAUAAAUCCAGUUAGCGCUGACGAUUCCGGUCAAUAUUUGUGCGAGGUGACGAAUGGCAUUGGAGAUCCGCAAAGUGCUUCGGCUUAUUUAAAUGUUGAAUAUCCUGCCAAAGUGACCUUCACACCCACUGUACAGUAUCUACCCUUCCGUUUGGCGGGCGUCGUUCAAUGUUACAUCAAAUCCAAUCCUACACUACAAUAUGUCACCUGGACCAAAGAUAAGCGCCUCCUUGAGCCGUAUCAAAUGAAAGACAUUGUCGUGAUGGCCAACGGAUCAUUGCUUUUUACGCGCGUCAACGAGGAUCAUCAGGGCCGCUACACCUGCACACCGUACAAUGCGCAAGGCACUCAGGGCUCGUCCGGUCCCAUGGAGGUGCUGGUGCGCAAGCCGCCCACAUUCACCGUCGAACCCGAAUCGCUGUAUCAGCGCAAGGUGGGCGACAGUGUGGAAAUGCAUUGCGAUGCCAUCGAAGCGGAGGGCACACAACGACCAACCAUCAAAUGGCAACGGCAAGAUGGCGGCGAAUUGACCGAAUCACAACGUACGCGCGCCAAGGUGUCUGGUGGCAAUAUAACAAUUGAAAAUUUACGCGGCGAAGACUUUGGCUACUAUCAGUGUGUCGUCUCGAAUGAAGUGGCCACAUUGAUGUCAGUGACACAGCUGGUUAUCGAAGGUACACAACCACAUGCGCCAUACAACAUCACCGGCAAGGCGACUGAGUCGUCGAUUACGUUGCAGUGGAUGCCCGGCUAUAGUGGCGGCUCUGAGUACAAGCAGGACUAUACGAUUUGGUAUCGCGAGGUUGGCGCUGCUGACUGGCAGACCAUUUCGGUGACCCCAUUGGGCAGCACGCAAGUGACGAUCAAUGGCUUGGCUUCGGGUACUACGUACGAAUUUCAGAUAGUCGGUCGAAAUGUGCUCGGCGAUGGACUGAUGAGCAAGGUGAUGACGGUGCGAACUUUAGAAGAUGCUCCGGCAGCGCCACGUAAUGUCAAGGCUGCAACACAACCGCCAGAUCAUAUUUUUCAACUAAUGCCAGACGAAGCUGGUCCGAAGCCCGGUCCACCGCGCAAUCUAACCGUCACCGAAGUUUCAAAUGGUUUUCUCAUAUCGUGGCAGGCGCCAUUGGAACGCGCUCAUAUCGUCAAAUUCUACACCAUCAAAUACCGUACCGAUGCCCAAUGGAAGACAUUGAAUCGUGGCCAAAUACGGCCCGAAGAGACCCAAUAUUUAGUUAAGAAUUUAGUCGGCGGUCGUACAUAUUAUUUUCGCGUCUUAGCUAAUUCAGAAAAAUCCUACGAGUCCAGUGAUGAAGUGAAAUUUCCGGUGCCGGCACGUGUCAAGCAUAAAGCGAUAACAGCCGGUGUCGUUGGGGGCAUCCUGUUUUUUAUUGUUGCGAUCAUUUUAUCGGUUUGUGCCGUAAAAAUUUGCAAUAAACGUAAACGACGAAAACAGGAAAAAGAGUUCAAUAUGGUAGCUUGCAGGAUAACUGAUGCCCGUAAUAUUGCAGCAAAUAAUCAUCAUUUGCAUCAGCAUCCACAACACCAUCAGCAACAGCAGUUGCAACAACAGCAACAGCAUACACAUCAACAAUUGCAACAUAAUAUGCAUAGCCGCAGUACGGGCUCACUUUCCGCUGGUCAAGUGCCUUUAAAAAAAUUUAAACAAACCCGAAUAUCAAGUCUAACCACGAUACUUAUUGCCAUACUACACUGGAUCUGGCCACCGGAUCGAUGCACCAACUGCCACUCCAUCUACAGUGCGCCACACUUGGAGGAGGACGGCGCGCGUGAUCUCCACUCUGUUAGUCAAAUUCAGCGCUCAGUCGACGGACGCUUCGUCAUCGCUGGCACAAAGACGGGCAGCAAUGGCAAACUCAAUGCGCUUACCAAUGGCAUCGAACUGGACGGCAUCGAUGAAGUGGAUGCAACUCCGACCAGCCGCAAUAGCCACGCAUCCCAAAACUCUUCCAGCGAUGACGGUGGUUUUCUAUCGCGUCGCAACUUCAUUACAGCACGCGCCUCCUGGCGUCGCCCUAUCGUCGCAGCACCCUCGCAGCUGAGCUUGCAAUCAGCUGUCGGAUCGGCACGUGGUUUCCUGCAGGGUCUAGGUGGUUUACUGCGCGUAGGAAGCAAUAGCGCCGUCGGUGGCAGCAAUAAUGGACUGACAGGUUUUACAGCAGCUAACGUGGCAUCUGCUACGGGGGAAGAUGUGGCCGGCAAUACAGGCGCACGCUACCAGAACAUCUAUCGUGGACACUAUGGACACAAUAUUUACCGAAACCUGCAGCCAGCACAACCUGCAAGCCGUCCCUUGCAUAUCAACACUUUGAGCGGUGGUGGUAUGCUAUUCGGCGGUCAUCAGUAUCACCAGCAGCACGUGCAUGGACUGAACCUAACACCCAAUAUUUAUACACCCUCGCGCAUCUCUCGCAUUUUCUCCAGCUCUCCGGCGAGCACGCCAAACGACACGCUGGGUGGCGGCACACAUCAUCACAUCGGCGGCGGUCUCAACGCAGGGGCGCCGCUUGGCAGUGGUGGCUUCCUCAGCUCGCCGUGGUCAAUGGCUACACCCGGUAGCGGUCACAUGCACACACAUUUUAGCGAUUUGAGUAGCGUAUACCCAAGCUCAGCCGAACGCUCGUUGCCCACACUGUCAGCCACCAGUGGCAAUCUCAGCCGAUACCGUUACUAUGCACAAGAGCUACCAUCGCUGCGCACCAUACAAGAGGAAACACGGCGCUACAACCAGCAGCAGCAGCAAGAGGAGCAGCAGCAACAGCAACAACAGGAUUUGCUUACGUCAGAUGGGUUUGUGCCACUGCAAAUACCCUCACCGCCCGCAUGGCGCAACUACUGCAGCACCCAACUGCCAUAUCAUAGCUACCGUCCGCGCACGCGCUGGUAUCCCCGCCAUUACGCGCGACUCUUUGGACGCACACACCCCGAACAAAUGUCACCGCUGCCACAUUUAAACCUCACGCUGCGCUCGGCGUCAGUUGGCGCCAUGGGGCUCGAAGCAUCACCAGAGUCCCGCUCCAGCUCAAGUGGCUUCGGCUCGAAAAAUACCUCCAACCACCCGCAAGGAUCUCAUCACUCUGGUAGCACCAGUGAAUGGCGAUUACUGCCACCAUAUCGACCACCACCACCGCCACCGCUCAGCAAUAGCGCCUACUUCGGUCUAGCGCAACCAAGUUUGCACCAGCAGGCGCAGGGACAAGCGCCAGCCAGCCACCACCACCAACAACUACACCAUCCAUCUCUAUUCGGUUCAAGCUCAUUACUCUACUAUCCUCACUACAGCAGCGCGACUUCUGGCAGUCUGCAGCAACAACACCAUCACCACUACCACCAGCAGCAGCAGCAAAGACAAACAACGCCACCCUACACAAUGGAACACUGGCUGGGUAUGAUCUCAGACCUAAACGCAGCCACCGACAAUGUUAAUCUACCGAAAUCGGUUGAUGUGGGCAGUGUGGAUGGCCACUACGAAUUUGACCCGGCGACGCCAACGCCCAGUGUAUCCACACCUACAGGCGGCCUGUUUCGCGAAGAUCUCAAUCUGCAUGUAGAUACAACCGGCCAUCAUACGAUUGAUCCCCUAAGCAGUGGCGGCAUUUUCCAACACGCUACCAAUAGCGCGCUUACGUCAGGCGCAGCGACGUAUGGCGGUCCAAUGCGGAAAACACGUUUCUCACGCUAUGACAAUGUAGACGCGCGACUGCAGGCGAUGCGUGAAGAAUUCUACGAGUAUCGCAAGCGACAGGCCAUGCAACAGGCGGGGGUGGCGGAGUUGGAGAGUGUUUGCUGAUAAGGGGAUUGCAAGAUUUGUGAGUAAGUAUCUAAAACGUGUGUGUAUAAUUGCGUAGGCAAUUCGGUAGUUACGUAUGCAUGUGUGUAUGCGUGUAGUUAUAGCAAUAAGUAGAGUGUUGGGCUAAGUUUAGGGAAGCUUAAAAUCAAAUAUGCUUUUUUGUUUGGAAAAACUGUACGAUUAGAAUUGGGAAUAUUGCUUUCAUUAAAAAAGAGCCGCAAAAGGUAGCGUUCAUAAGAGAGUAUGAUGUAAAAUGCAAGCGUAUAUUUCUUACUGCCCAUAACAAAAGAUUAUAGAAAAACACACAAAAUUCAAGCACACUUCAGUUUAGUUGUUUUAUUUUUUAAUGGUAGCUGUUACUAAAUCUAGAACUGAUAGUUGAUUAAUUUUUCAAUUGAUCGGAUUUGGCACUCAAUAUGAAGUAAUGUUAGACAUUUCGAAUGUACUUUUACCAUUUCAAUUGCCUUCUUGGUUAUUUAGGAAUAAAUAAGCCCUUGAAGUCCUUUAGUUCUAAAAGAAAUAUUACUGCUAAUACCCUCAGAGAUGUAUACUACAAUUUAACACACUUCUUAUGUGAUGCUUUCAACCUUUGAUAAACCAACAAAUAGUCAAUCGAAAAUGCAGGGUUCGUUUACCGCAAUGAAACUGAAUUAUCUGCUGUAAAUCUUCGAAAAGGCUACUUUGUUAAAAAAACUAUCUAUAGGAAAAUAUUAUACAUAGAUCCAUUUUGAUUCAACAACGCAUGCAACCUACGGCCACUUGGCGGCUUUUAUAAUUACAGUGCGUCAUACAGAGAGAGGGAAGCUCCACUUUAAAAUAUUCUGCAGGAAUGGCUUACAGAGUGUUUUUUAGCCUCAUUCUUGCGAGGGCUGGACACUCGCAAUGGAAGUGUUUGACUGCCCGUUUUGAGUCUGGAUCGUCGCUAUUGCGGCAAAACCUACUGAUGGACAAUCCAAUCCUUUCGGCAUGUACCCCAACGCGCCAGUGGCCUAACACGCUGCAGUAAGUUUGUAGGCAUCGUCAUUGCUCAUUCGUAAGAGAGCUUUGUUCUAAGUGAGUAGUGGGAAACCCAUAACUGCCGGGUAACCCUAAACGAUCCUGUACGGUUCCAUCUCUGCUUGGAGUUCGAGUGAUACAUUUUGGUAAAUUUUGCUAUAUCUUCCUGGGCGAGGCGCCAUUAAUAUGCAAAAAUAUUCACUAACGAUUGAAUGCCAUUUUAAAGGAAAUUUUAUGAGUCGUAAAGAAAACUUAACCAUUUCCAUUUGAAGAUGCCCAAUAAAACAUGCAUUUGCAUGAGAUUCCGAACCCUACUGAUAACCUCUGAACUAGGAGGUGACGAUAGUAACUUUGGAAAAUGAGUGAUGCAGCACUGGGCCCAGUGACGAAACAGUUACGAGGACGCGAAAUUUCAAAAUUCUUAAUAAAAUAUUUCUAUUUUAGGUGAGGCAAAAAUUGCCAUUGAGCUCCCCGAAGUAAGUUCUUGUAACCUGAGAUAACUAGGAAAUCUGUGUGAAACUCUUUCCCUGAACCAAUAUUUCAACUUUUGUUUUCAAUUAACAUCUGCGACUAUCGGUCCACAUUAAAACGAGUUUUCAACUGUGUAAUACCUUCCCAUUGAAGCGAGUGAUCGAAUGUAGGAAGACUCUAAAAUUGUUAGCCGUGACGUUUUCUGGGAUUGUGGAGAGAGCUCCCGAGUGAUAUUCAAUCUCUAUAAACUACGAAGAGGGCGCUAACAUAAAGUUAGAAAUGAACCUCAGUUAACCAUUUGUUUAAAGCGUACAUUCUCCAAAAACAAAGGUGUUUGCUAGAGAUUUCCCAUACUACUAGUUCACCUUAAUGCAGAGCAUAAUAUUUGGGUUGGGUUUUUGAUAGGCUUUAGUGGGUUGCCCGGGUUUCAAUAUAUAUGAUUAUGGCCUUAUGAUCAAUAUGUGUGUAAGCAUUGCUUAUAAACCAAUUUGUAAUUCUGCUUAGCCAUCCACUUAUAAGGAGCUAAUUGGUGUCAGUCUGGUCAAGCAGCGAUCCAUGUUAUCAAGCACAAGGUCGAAACCGGUAUCCACAGACUGUCUGCAGCAUCACACUGUACGGGUUUCAACUUUCUCUAAAGCAUUAAUGCGCUUAAAUAUGGUUUCGUAGAGGAGGUAAAGAAAUUAAAUGAGAAGUGUCCCAUAUCUUAGCCAUCACUAGCAGUAAAGAUCCAUUGAUGCCUUUUCCACGCUCACCUCAAUAUUAGGCCUCCGAAACCGUUUUCCAUCUCGAAUCAAGCGCUAGUACUUGACUAUGUCGAAGAGCGCCAAUCGAGCGUCUAUAAUUCAGCUAAUAGUCACAUGGGGUGUCUUGUAUGUAAUUCCUUGCGAAAAAAAAAUGCAUUUUAUCUUACAAGGAUUCUCAGCGAAUCCACCGUGCGCACGAAACUUUCUCCUCAGGUUCAAGAAUACUUGGGACUUAUCAAGGCUCAUACUUCAGAAAUUUAACCCUCACAGAAAAUGUAACCUCAGCCUCCCUCGGCAGAGUCUAAUUUUCAAUCCAGCUCUAGCAGGUUUUUUACAACCACAAACCAAAUAAGGAGCGAGAACACAACACCCUGUGGCAUGCCAUUGUUCACCGUAAGCUUUUGGGUGCAACUGCUCUACUCCGUCCGACAGUUUUGUUGUAGAGCUUGCGAUUUAUGAGCUGAACAAUGUCGGUUUCGACCUCAAGCUUACAAAGGAAUUUGAAGAUUGCCACCAGAGGUACAUUGCUAAAAUUUCUGCUCGACACGAGAAAAACGCUUGCAGUGAAGUCUUUAUGAUUGAGGGCUUUCUCUACUGGCUUCACGAUCGUAUAUAGAGCGGUCUAGAGCGAACACGUGUAGUUCUCACUUCAGAUGUGUAGAUCAGCCCACAUUUUUAAAGAUAUAAGCACGAACGUAGAGAUAUAAUUGUUCUGAAAUGAUUGAGAGGGAUAUGAGUGUUUUUGAUGGUCUUCGGUAUAAACGUCAGCCUGACAAUUCUUCAAGCUUUGCGCGCCCUCAUUCGCCAUUAGAAUGUUGUGAGCCACGAC